AUGUUCACAAAGCUUCCGACUGAGAUUCGAGACAAGAUCUAUGGCUUCAUAGAAGACUUGGAACCAUGCUACAUCUUCCCAUGCCGCUACAACACGGGAACUUCCGGCAAACGCAUUCGCGUUAUGAGGAUCCACAGCUACAAGCCCCCCAUUGUGCUGCAUCUCUACCGCGAGUCUCGAAAUGAGUUCCUGGUGAGAGGCGGCGCCAAUACCACCAUUCACCAAACCUAUACCCUCGUAAAACGAAUGACUUCACUCAGUAAGCCUGUCUACGUCCGCCUGAACCGAGAUAACCUGUUUCUGCAAGAGCUCGAGGCUCUUUCCUGCAUGGCCAUCUACACGAUGCGACACAUCACGGUUGCUAUCCCAUUCGACCAAAUCGGGCCAAAGUUUCUUGCCCUCCAACUUCGAAGGUUUAAUCUGCUGGAGUCGUUGACGUUGGUCCUAGCUCUGAAGAAGAGAGAUGCCGAAACCAAAGAAAUGGAUCUUAUCAGGGGGAAGGUUGAGGCGGAAUUGCAAGCAACACAAGAGAGAUUUCCUGAAUGGACUGCACAACCGGUAGUGAAGACCGUAAUCGUCACGUUUGGCCUGCAAGAUCAAAUACUUAGCAGCAACAUGUCGUCCUCUCCCGUGCUUAGCAGCAUCACCAAUGGGCCCUCGCUCGAUUCCAAGAAGGCCGAGCCUUCGCUCUCACUAGCUACGACAAUGGCCGCAGCCUCUACGCCCUACGGUAAUCACGCGUCGGCUUUCAACUCGAACACCUCCUUCUUGGGAGCCGGUAUCGCAACCUCAAUAUCCCCUGCUCUGAGCAUCAGCCCGAUUGGAUCGAAGCCGGACUUUAAGAAGACCUUACCGUUGCUCUCGCCAUCCGCCCCUGUGGCUGCAGCCUCUACUUUCCAUGGACACAAUCCCUCUGCUUUCGCCCCAAGUGCCAUAUACUUUGGAGCUGCAGCAUUCUCUCCUUCAUAUGGAAAUUUCAAGAGAGACAAGACAUUCACAACGGUCAGCCAGGUCCUUCCGGUGUGCUUGGCAACCACGGAAGCCGCGACGGCAAUGAUUAUAACCCCCAACUCCUCUAACAACGCUGGCAUCUUGGCCUCUCAAAACCUUUUCGUUCACUAUGCUACUUCAUUCUCGCCAUUCUUGGAUGUUCAGGCCAGUGAGCCGCUUCAGGGUUUCAGGAAAUGCCCACCGCUAUUGUCUCUGGCGACGACAGUUGACUCCGAUCUCCCCAAGUCUGAUAUCGUCACUAUGGCCCCACGUCAAGCUGUUUUGUCUACAAAUAUCACAAUUGGCUCUCUCAGUGCUGAAUCCCCCGCUGGUCCCCCUCCGACCCUCGACAAGUUUACGCCCUUCCCCAGACUCCCCCUCGAGCUUCGGCUGAUGAUCUUUUGCCUCAUGGAGCCCAGCCCAGGUCUGAUCAGGAAGAUCCCACGCCUGGGAAAGAUCCAGAAGUAUGAGAGAGUAGGAGGUCUUCGAACCAUCUUCGGCCCAGCCGUCCUUCAAAUCUGCCGGGAGGCCCGCAACGAGCUCAGGGGAGACAAACCCGCUCUAUGCAGCCAUGCUAAGUACGAGAUCGUAGAGACCCUGAGCGUUCAGACUGGUGUCACUCGCUUCUACAUGGACAAGACCGUUGACACAUUCUACCUUCACGCCGAGAGUCACAUGGAGAACUCCAGCUUGUGGGACGUCCAAAGAAUCGCAUUCAGCUCCAGAACUAUCGAUACGGCACACAUCAACUUCGCGGAGAGACUCGGCCGCUUCAAGGCGUUGAAGAGCAUCACCGUCAUGAUUCCCGAGUUCGCGUUCUUCCUCGGAGACGCCCCAUACACACCAGACAGCGACAGGAACAUGACCGUUCUCGCCCGCGAAUACCCUGCCCUCGAGUCGAACAUCCAGAAAGCCUUGUCGGGCAUGACAACGUCUGCUGGGGAGCCACUCCCCGAACUGUUCCUGGCUGCUGGCGACUGGCCCGGCAUUGCAAUCUUCACCAAGGCCGAGUCAGAGGCAUACUGGGCGGCUAUCAGACUUGCGGAGGAGUUGAAGCGCCAGGCGGCUGGAGAGAAGGGGUUCUGGGAUGAGGAUGGUGAUUCGGAGAUGAGUUGGGACUCGAACCUCGACGCCGACGGAGACUCUGACGACGAGGUGUUCUGA